UCUGCAUUGAGGGUACGUGGCAGUGACGUCGAGCCCCGCCCCCUUUUUCGGCUUGUUGGGUCCUUCCAUUCCGGGGCUGGGAAGUCGGUCGGUCGGCGUCGAGCGCUGCGACGCACCAGGUUAUGAGCCUCCAUGUAUACAAGGAGACGUCACGGCUCUAGAAACACUGAGCAAGGCGUUUACCUGGGACCUUCCCAGACACAAGUUCUGCCGCCGCUUGUUGCACCUGUCAGUACUGCCACAACCCCAGCUGUGCCAUCCCCACCCCAGUGGGACACCAUGUCAUGUCAAGAUCGCACCCAGGAGUUCCUCUCCGCCUGCAAAUCUUUGCAAAGCCGACAGAAUGGCCUUCAGCUCAACAAACCAGUGCUGAGUGCUGUACGUCAGAGAAGUGAAUUCACUGUGAUGGCCAAGCGCAUUGGGAAGGACCUCAGCAACACCUUUGCCAAGCUAGAGAAGCUAACAAUCUUGGCCAAGCGGAAAUCACUAUUUGAUGACAAGGCAGUGGAGAUAGAGGAGCUAACCUAUAUUGUGAAGCAGGAUAUCAACAGCCUGAACAAACAAAUCGCACAACUACAAGAGUUUGUCAAGGCCAAAGGCAGCCAGAGCGGGAGACAUGUACAAACACACUCAAACACUGUGGUUGUAUCGCUGCAGUCCAAGUUAGCCUCCAUGUCCAAUGACUUCAAAUCUGUUUUGGAGGUGCGAACAGAGAACCUUAAGCAGCAGAAGACCCGUCGAGAGCAGUUUUCCCGUGUGCCAAUUUCUGCCAUGCCCCUCUCUGCAAGUAACCUAAGUGGCUCCACUAUGCUUCAGGAUGAAUCACGGCAUUCGGGAGAUGUGGCUAUUGACAUGGACAACCGGACCAGCCAGCAAUUGCAACUCAUCAAUGAACAGGAUUCAUAUAUCCAGAGUCGGGCAGACACCAUGCAGAACAUUGAAUCUACUAUUGUAGAGUUGGGGUCCAUAUUCCAGCAGCUGGCACACAUGGUCAAAGAGCAGGAGGAGACCAUCCAGAGAAUUGAUGCCAAUGUGGAAGACACUCAGCUUAACGUGGAAGGUGCACACACAGAGAUUCUGAAGUACUUCCAGUCUGUCUCCUCCAACCGGUGGCUGAUGGUGAAGAUUUUCCUUAUCCUUAUUGUUUUCUUCAUCAUCUUUGUGGUAUUCCUGGCCUGACAGCAGAGGUGGCUCAAAUUCCCAUCCCCAUCCCCACUCCUCAGAGCUGUGUUGGACACUGGACUCUCCUUGUUCUCUGUUGUAGCCAGCACAUCACCCACAUAGGGCCUGGCACAGAAGGGACCCAUGCUUGCCCAUUGUGACCUUUGCUGUGGCUGCUGGCAUGGAGUGGGCCACCCUGACUGGAGUGCAAUAUCAUUUGGGAUUACGCUGUGAAGGGUUUUGCUCCCACCCACCCCUCCAUCCCAAAUGAGACAUGAUCCAAUGGGUGUGUGUAGUGGGACCAGGAUCUGGCAACUCUUUCCUUAACCUAUAUAAUUGGCCUCACUUUUGAGACUCAAAAGGUGUGAACAGAAGCCCUAUCCCACUUCUUUUUAAAACAAAAAACAUACUAAUAUGCUAGUCUCCAGCACCUAACAUUUAAUAGGUACCUUUCUUCCUAUAUGGCAGGGAGGGAACCACAUCUCUUGGGCUCAUGAGGCUGAAGUAGCCUGUGCCUUUUGCCCUAUCCAGAGGGCUAUGCUAUUUUUUCUCUUCUCCUACUAUCCCAUCCCACCAUAGAAUAUUUAAAUCUUUUUCUUGCUUGUAUUUUCUUUUUCUAUCCUUCUGAGCAAGCAAGGAUGGCUUUUUCAGCCCUGAAGCAGUAGAUUGCUUGACCAGAGAAGCAAGGUAUAGUUCUCUCCCACACCCUUUAAUAGCUCAUUCUUGUCCCUAUUUAUAGUGAAAAAUAAGAUUCUUGUCAUGGCAGACAUAUUCAGGCUAAGAAUGUCUUCUUUACGUAACAAAUCCUCUUAGCCCAUGAAGGAUAAACAUGGCAAGUGUCUAUUGUCCUUGCCAUCCUUCCUGAUGCUUGGGAGGAAAGAUACUUGGGCAUCUCAGCAGUGUGGCUCUGUAAAAACACUCCACGUGUUGCUGUCCGAAACAGAUUCACCCUCAUUGCUUCAUCUGGUUCUGAAGCAUUUUAGACUCGGAAUGGUCUCUUCUCUCCCUUGCAGAGAAGAGGGGAAAGUGUUCCUCUGCUCCAAUCUUUACACAAAUUGAUAUCCGUACAACUGUUAAGCAUUCAUCUCCCUGCCAUCCCAACCCCCUGGCAAUGAAAUAGCCUAUGAUUAAGGACACAUCAUCUCCUCUGGUUUGGUUAUGGCGGCUGAGUUAUAAAAUCUCUCCCCCAGCCUUAUAUUCUCUGUGGUGGGAUUCUCAACCCUCAGCUGCAAUGGCCUUAACAUUCCACAGUUAUGUUCGACUGCCUAAGAGCAUGCAUGCUCUUUCAGAGGACGUGGCAUGGGGCAGUUGGGGGAGAAUGCCUGUUUCUUAUUGUCCAACUGCUGUGGAUGGUGAGUGGGUUGUUACUAACGCCAUGAUCUGGAAGAGAGCAGCACUGGUUUAUUACCUGUGCUUCAACAGUCUAUUAAAAUAAGCUUUACUUUUAAAAUAUAUAUCAAAGUCUUCUGCUAAUUCUUUCUCCUGUAUACUAGCCUGGCCUAAAUCUGUUACAGCAGGGGUGGGGAAACUUGUGGCAUUCCACCUGUUAGACUCAAUUUCUGGUCAGUCCUAGCCAUUUUGGCCUAGUCCAACAAUAUCUGAAAGGCUCCAUGAUCCCCACUUACUAGCUGAGAUGCUCCUCAAAAGAGGCUACAUCUGAAAUUUACAUAAAGAUGCACUGUGGGUGAAAGUGUGUAGGGACAUCUCUUCUGGCACUCCGAUUUUAAUAAUGCAAUCCAUGCUUUCCCCUUAGAGCAGUAGUUCCCAACCUUUGGUCCUCUAUGAUUUGGACUUCAGCUCUUAUGUCUCCUGACUGUUGGCCAAGUUGGCUAGGGCUUCUGGGAGCUGAAGUCCAAAACAAAUGGAGGACUAAAAGUUGGGAACCACUGCUUUAGAGGAGUGUGGCAGAAGGAGCUGAUGAGACUAAGGACCAUCCCCAGAAAUUAUGCUUUAAAUAGAUAUUGAGUAUUCUGAUUUGUAAAAACAAAAAAAGUAAUCUAAGUUAGGCAAGAGGUCCAGCUAACUUGGUACUGAAUAUUCUACUUGUCAGUGGCUUCAAGUAUUAGUUAAAAGUAAA